GUGUUGUAUAAUGGCUACAGGCCUCAACAUCCUUAGGUAUCAUUUUUGGAUUCAUCAUUUUUUAUGUAACAGAAUUUAUAAGAAACGAAUAGGCAGUAUGGUAUCAUACCUUCGCCUUUUAUGUUAGAAAAACGGAACUAUUACUGAGAGGACUAUGCCAAAAUGUCGUAAUUUUGUUUUUGGUUAUGGCCAGCUGGUUGACGACGGUGUGUGGCCUUUGUGUUGUAUACGCUAAUUAUUGCUAAAAGUUUUUUUUCCAAUUUUACUCCUAUUGGUGAAAUGGAGGGCGGUGCGUUGUCCUAGGUCUCGACCGGGCUAGCGUAUCGUCCGGCCUUUACUGUGUUUUUAAAAUAAUUAUAAGUUGCAACAAACGUGAACUUUUCUUUUGUGAAAUUAUCUAAUCAGAAUGACUCGUGGUAAUCAGAGGGACUUGGCCCGCGCCAAAAACCAAAAGAAACAAGUAGAAAUGCAAAAAAAGAAAAAUGCCAGUGAAAAGACUGGUUUAUCCCUACAAGAAAGAAAACACAGGGAUGCUGAAUUAAUGCGAGAAAAACAACGAAAAAAAGAGGAAGAGUUAGCAGCAAAGAAACAUCAUAAGCAAGCAGCAAAUUAAUCUCAUAUUUAAGAAAUUCUUGACUGCUCUAUUUUUAUUAUGUGUCAACAUUAAAAUUGAGCUUGUUCGUCAAGAGUGAAAAUUUUUAUCAAGUGAUAUGUUGUAAGCAAUUCUAAAAUUUAAUAGUAAUUCACAAAUAUUCAGUUAAAUAAAGCCUAAUUUAUGGAUUAA